GUGAUGAUUCCCUAGUUAGACGUAUAGCCCCUGAAAGACCCCCUAUAAGGAUCUUACUAGAUUUGGCAAAGCUUUCAGCCUGAUGGCUUGUCAAUACAGACCCCUUGAUAGAUUAUCAGUGCCCCAUGAUGUCAAACAUUGUUCAUGUGGGAGGCUUAACAAUUCAACCUACCAAACCACUCCCAAGUCAGUUUGAUAAAUUUAUAUCACAGUCCAGUGGAUUUAUCAUUGUGUCAUUUGGAUCAAUCGUAAACUCAAUUCAGGAUGAGAUUGCUGAGAAAAUGAUGAAAGCAUUUGGGAGCAUUAAGUAUGGUAUUAUCUGGAAAUAUCCUGGAGUUAACAAAAUGCCACUCCCUUACAAUGUAAUGAUAGAAAAAUGGCUUCCACAAAAUGAUCUUCUAGCAAACCCAAAAGCAAAACUUUUUAUCACUCACUGUGGCAAUAAUGGUCAAUUUGAAGCAUUGCAGCAUGGGAUACCUAUGCUAGGCAUGCCCUUUUUUGGAGAUCAGAACUAUAACAGCAUGAGAAUGCAGUAUAAAGGAUAUGGUAUCCACAUGGAUGCACUUCACUUUACAUCAGAUGAACUCAAAAACAACAUUAACAAAAUCAUAAGCAAUCCUGACUAUACAAAGAGGAUUAAAAAAGCAUCUAGGAUUUUUAAAUCCCAGGAAAAUCCUCGCAAACGUGCUGUAGCUGCAAUAAAACAUGUUGUGGAUUUUGGCUCGGACCACUUGAGGCCAAUCACAGUAGACAUGCCUCUAUGGAAGCUAUGGAUGCUUGACAUUUUUGUUUCAUUAAUGUUUGGAAUACUUUUGAUAUUAUUUAUAGCUAAAUUAGUACUUGGCUUUCUCUUAAGAAGACUGUGCAAAUUCUGCUUUCAGAUUGAAAAACCGAAGGAAGAUUAAUUAUAUUCCCACAUAAGUGUCACUAGACACAUAUAAUUUUCAAUUAAAUCAGACGAAUGAUUGAUGUUGCAAUUCUGAAAAUAUGAUGUCCACCCUAUCAAGGUCAUGCAACCUACAUAUGCAAUUACCCAGAUGCAAGCAGGUAGAUACCAGUUUCACCACCAGGUGGCUGAUUCGGGUUAAUUAACAUGGCAGGUAUAUAAGAAAGUUCCCAAUUGAAUAUUAUCAGUUUAAGUGGACCAAUUUACAUAUAAUCCUUAUGUGUCUUACAGUUAUAACAAACGAAAAUAUAUCCAGUAAAGGAAAAUAUUAUCUGCCCAACACAAGAAAAGAUAUUUCACUUUUUGAGAGUUUGUAACAUGGGGCCUAUGGGGAAUUUCCCCAAUCUAGAAGUCACACUUUCAAAAUUGGUAAAUACUUUUUUAAACCACAUUUUUAGAUGCAAUUUUACAUGUAGAC